CCUCCCUCAAGACUCUCAGCAUGGACCCCCUCAAGGGACUGGCGUUGGUGUGCCUGCUGGCGGCCGUGGCCUUGGUCGCGGAGGCCCUGGAGGAGCCCAUCCCGGAGAGGUACCUGCCGCCUCGCGACUACAACCCGCACCCGUACCAGAGACCUCUGUCACCCCACGACCCCGACGGCCUCCACGACGGCGGCCUUCAGGACGACCAGCCGAGCGCGCCGAGCGGCCCCGGCCACCAGGACCCCGUCCAGGAGCCGCACCCGUACGCGCUGCUGGCCAGGAAGAGGCCGCGCGAGGGCCGCUACCCGCACCACCAGCCCGGCGACCCCGUGCUGUACCCGCACCCCAUCAGCGUCAUCAGCGAGCUGCACCGGUCCACAGCUCGGGCGAAGCUCCAACGCAACCAUCACCGGCAGCAGCAACAGCAGCAGCAACAACAGCUGCAGCUGCAGCUUCAGCAGGUGGUGGGUCAGCAAGGCCGUGCCGAGGAUGCGUACUACCCCGUGGAGGCCGAGCAGGAACUGCAGUCGCUCGACCCGCAGCAGGACCGCCAGCCCGUGCUGGUGUACCAGCAGCAGCACCACCGCCACGCCGCCAACAACUACGCCUUCUCCUACUCGGUGAGGGACACGGGCUCGGGCGACAACUACGCGCACGCGCAGGCGCGCAGUGGCGACGGCACGCGCGGCGAGUACCGCGUGCGGCUGCCGGACGGACGCCUGCAGAUCGUGAGCUACGUGGCCGACAACCACGGCUACCGCGCCGACGUGCGCUACGACGAGCACAAGGCGGCAGCGCACGCCGUCGAGCCCGCUGGCCCCGCCCUGGUCCGGCAGUACGCGCCCGUCGCGCAGCUGCAGCAGUACGUGCACGCCUCGCCGUCGCCCGCGCCCGAGCAGCACCAGUACAUCGUGACGCCGACGGCCGCCGCCCCCGCCCCGCACCACCAGCAGUACAUCGCCGUGUCGCCGUCGCCCGCGCCGGAACAACAGUACGUCGCCCACGUGUCGGCCGCACCGGAACAACAGUACAUCGCGCACGUGUCGCCGUCGGCUGCACCGGAACAACAGUACGUCGCGCACGUGUCACCGUCGGCAGCACCGGAACAGCAGUACGUCGCCCACGUGUCGGCCGCACCGGAACAACAGUACGUAGCCCACGUGUCAACCGCACCGGAACAACAGUACUACAUCGCGCACGUGUCGCCGUCGCCCGCUCCGGAACAACAGUACAUUGCGCACGUGUCGCCGUCACCGUCGGCCGCACCGGAACAACAAUACAUCGCGCACGUGUCGCCGUCGCCGUCAGCCGCACCGGAACAACAGUACAUCGCGCACGUGUCGCCGUCCGGACCUGAGCAGCAGCAGUACGUCGCCGAGCAAGCCCAGUACCUCGGCCACAGGUCCCCCGCCGAGUCCCGCUUCUUUGGCGCCACGGCGGCCACCCCCGUGGCCGCGGCCUCGCAGCUCGCGCAGCUGCAGUACCUUGCCCGCGCCACCGCGGCCGCCCCCGCCGCCCCCGCCUCGCACCAGUUCCUGGACCGCCCCUCGGCGGCGUCGGGGGCGGCGCGCCAGUACUACGACGACGGCUACUUCGUGGCGUCCACCACGCCGUCACCGCUGGGCGGCCUGGGUGACGGUUUCGACGGCCUCAGUCCGACGGGCUUCGUGGAGCAGGCGCGGGCCGCCCCCACGACGCAGGCGCCGCCGCCGGACAACACCGCCUCCCCCGCGCCCAUCCAGUUCCCCAGGGUGCCCGAGGACGACCAGCAGCAGCAGCAGCAGCAGCAACAGCAGCAACAGACGCAACAACAGCAACAACAACAGCAGCAACAACAGCAACAACAACAGCGGCAGCAGCAGUUCGGACUGUCCGGCAGGUCGAACCAACUCUUCCAGUCCAGCCAGAGGUUCAACAACAUCCUGGUGCGGCAGGGGUUCGCGUAGCAGGACCCCCCUCUUUCCCCCCUUCCUUCUACCUCUCUGGAUUUACGUGACGUCAUCCUGAUACGCGGGGAUAAGACUGCAGAGACUUUGCCAUUGAUGGGGCACAGUGAGGUACGCAUCACUGUGCGCGUGUACAUAGGGUAGUCUAGGCUGUAAGUGCGUCGUAGUGCUGGACGUGGCACUUCCCCCUUGUGGGAAUAAGGAAGGGGAGGUUAGUUUCAAAAUCCCACCAAGACUGUUUACGAGAGAGAGUUCCCACAUCUUAAAAGAAAUUCAGACAAAACCCUUUUCUUUGCCUUUAGUGAAGGAAUGUUUUUACUCAGAUGUUUCUAUCAAAUAUACAGCCCAAAAACUAAUCGCAAAUUGUGGUUUUGUCCUUUAUUUUCCCAGAGGUUGGAAAUGCCCGUUCGGUUACUAUUAUUGUCAUAUUUUUUCAUUCAUGAAAAAAAUGACUGUUACCAUUAUGAGUCUGUAUAUAGAAAUCCCACUAUUUUUCUAAUCAUUUAGCAUACAUACGGUGGUUACCUGAUUCCCCAAACACCGUUAGAAAAUAUAAUAUGAAAUAACUGAAAGUGUGUUGUUAGUUUUUUGUACGUGACACUGCGAGAUUUUUUUAAUAAAAUUUGUUUCUGGCUUGUAA